AUGAUACUAAGAACGUAUCCCCUCCUCUCGCUUGCCCUCGGCACUCUGGCAGCAACAACAUCCCACCUUCAAAAUGACGCACCCAUCCAUCUCACCACUCUCGACCCAGAAACCUCCACAGAGCUCCUCCAUCUGCACCGCUCCCUCGUCGAGAUAGAAUCUAUAACUUCAAAUGAACGGGACGUAGGCCAAUGGCUAACAUCCUACCUCCGCAACUCCUCCUGGACGGUCGAGCGCCAGCAAGUCUCAGAGAACCGGUACAAUUUACUCGCGUACGGCAAGAAGCGCGAAACCACCCUUCUCCUUACCUCGCACAUUGAUACUGUCCCGCCAUACUGGCCAUACUACUACAACAAGACCACAGACGUUAUCGGCGGACGUGGUAGUGUCGAUGCAAAGGGUAGCGUCGCGGCCAUGAUAAUGGCCACCACGGGCCUAAAAGGGCAACUACAAGACGACAUAUCGCUGCUCUUCGUAGUAGGCGAAGAAACAGGCGGUGACGGCAUGCGCGCAUUCAGCUCCUGGAACAAGCGCCCCAGUUCCCACGAAAUCAUCAUCUUCGGCGAACCCACCGAGGCGAAACUUGUCUGUGGCCACAAAGGCAUGCUCGGCUUCAAACUCCAGGCCACGGGCAAAGCUGCGCAUUCAGGCUACCCAUGGCUGGGCGUUAGUGCAAACGAUGUGCUCGUCGAGGCGCUGGGAGCCCUGUUGGAGCUGCGUCAACAUCUUCCCUGGAGCGACAAGUACGGCAACACGACCAUGAACUUUGGACGGAUCGAGGGCGGCGUCGCUGCAAAUGUAGUCGCAGAGACAGCGAGUGCGAAUAUUGCGACCAGACUUGCAGCCAGCACCCCAGACCUCGUCCGCGAACAAAUCGUCAACGCCCUGAAAGACGUAACUGCCGCUGCGCAAAAAGCCGGCGGGGACCUGCAGGUCGUGUGGGGCAGCGAGGGCUACGCGCCUGUGGAUAUCGAUUGCGAUAUUGAUGGCUUUGACACGCUAACUGUGAAUUACGGGACCGAUGUACCGCUGCUAAGUGGCUCGCACAAGCGAUAUCUCUAUGGUCCUGGCAGCAUCUUCGUUGCGCAUAGCGACCACGAAGCGCUCAAGCGCGCGGAACUCGAACAAGCGGUGCUGGAUUAUCGGCGGUUGAUUAUCAAGGCGAGCGAGGUGCAUCAGAAGGACAGGAUGGGUCAAGGGCCUCCAGGACAGCAGAUUGAAUUGUAG